AUGGACAAUCAUGGACGCCCAGGGGUGCAGGUGGUCAUUAAUGGCCAUCCUCACAUGCAGCAGGCGCCUGAAUCGGCGAUGGGACCCUCAUAUACGCAUACACAAGGAUUUCGGCCGUUGUCAGUGGACGAGGCGCUCCAGUACUCGUCCAUGUCUAGCGCUCCUAUUUUUGGCCUCGAUUGUGUCAUUCGUCCCGACGUUGGUAGACCGUCUAAUACCACCUCAAUCAAUCAUGUGCUUCAAGCUGGCCGAGUGACCCUGAGUGAGCUCGAUGCGGAGAUAGAAACCGGCUUGGACGAGUCUAGUCGAUUAGAAACAUCCCGUGAAUAUCUUCAGCAGUUACUGGAUGGGGAUCAGUUGACAGAGUUCAAUUUCAAGGUCCCACCGUCCUAUGCCCUCAAUCCCAAGUCACAGCCGACCACUUCGAACGGUUCAACGUCCUAUCACAGCCCGCUGGGUGCCUUUGCACGAAUGAUACUUGAGUCAACUGAUAUUGCGUUUAGAUAUCCUCAAGCAGUUAUCCCCCCGGCCAGAUCUGAGACGGUCGAGGUAUUCCCCAACCCUGCAACAUCGUGGAACAGCCACGCGUACCUGGCGAACAACACAGAUUCACCUUCCCAUGAGAAGCAUCGACAAAAUUCGAGUCAGGUGUCCGUGGUCAUCCCAAUGAAGCCCAAACCAACCAGGCCCUCCAAGUCCAAAGUCAAUCAUCACGACGAUGUAACCGCAAGGCGAUUGAGAGAUCAGAAAGCGGAAGCUGACGAUGCUCUGCUCAAGUUACAAGAUGUUCUACAUGAAGUUUUCGAGGCUGAGGAUCAGAUUGAACCGGACCAAUCCAUUGCUCCUACUGCAGACAAGCCGAGCCCGGUUUUUGUCAAUUUCAGAUCGCUAGAAGUGCAUGGUCCAGUGCUAUCGUCUGACUCACACAACCGCCUGCAAAAAGCUAUUCGCAAAGUGUCCGGAUUUGAUCGGCUUCAUGAUAUUCCCUCUGACUAUCUGAAAAGGAUUCAAAAACUAUGCGAAAGGCCCAUCACUGCCGCCCAGUCUACCCAAAUAAUUCUACAAGAUCCUUCGAAUGAAUCCGAGGUCCAGGAAUGGUUAUGCAAGGUUGAAGAUGUGCUGAACGCAUUGCUGGCCAUCGGUACGCUGCUUCAGACAAUGUCAGGGCGUCAAACAGAGCGAGAGCUUUGUCCUGAGGAUCUGAUUGAGGCCAUACCACCUGUUGUUGAGCAACUCUUCGACCAUUGCAUCAUCCCGGCAGUGGAAGCGCGCCCAGGCGGCAAAGACGCAGAGCAAUUCAAAUUCUUCUCAGCUCAGCGACGCAUAAUCGCAAGCCUCAUUCAUCAAAGCAAGAAAGUAUUGACCCUGUUUGCGGACUUCCUGUCCCGCGUUGAAGUACCUGAAACAUCCAUCAACUCUGCCCUUUUCUUUGCCGCCAAGUUGAUAUUUGUCGAGAAUGCGCAUAAUGAGAAAGAUUCCGCCGUUGGAUCUUCAAAAUUUGAGCCUGCGAGGCGCGGGGCCAUGGACGUGCUCGCCAAGAUCUUUUCUCGAUACCCUGCUCAGCGAUCAUACAUCCUAGAUCAAAUUCUUGGGUCGCUAGAAAAACUUCCGUCUACGCGCCAAAGUGCCAGGCAGUUCAAAAUAGCGGAUGGAAAAAACAUUCAACUGUUGACAGCUUUGGUUCUUCAACUUGUGCAGACAACUGCACUUGAGACGCCAACGCGAUCCAACAGCAAGCGCCGGCUACAAGCCUCAACAGGGGAUGACGAGGACGAGUUAAUGGAUGAUGGGACCAACGAAGAGGAUUUAGUCCACGACGACGAUAAUGACCCCGGCGUGAAUUUGGAGCGAUUAGCGGUUAGGGUGAAUAGACUCUAUGACAAUGCGAUCCGCAGCGCCCAAUACAUUGUCACGUUCAUUGUCCAGCGGGCUAUGAAUGCAACAAAGAGUGGCGAUCAGCCUUUUCGAAAUAUUCUUGAUCUUUUUACCGAAGACCUUAUCAAUGUGCUAGGUUCCACUGACUGGCCAGCAUCCGAACUCCUCCUUCGAAUUAUGGCCUCACAUAUGGUUGGCAUCGCGGACCUCGACAAAAGCUCCGCUCAGGCAAAGAGCAUGGCUCUUGAGCUCCUCGGGUGGAUGGGAUCAGCGAUUUCUGAUCUAAUUGCGAACGCUCAGCAUAUGCUUCCGGCUUUGGAGGAUAAUGAUUCCAACGACUCCCUCAAGCAGCAAUUUGACGACUUCACUUCUCGCGCGCUCCAUCCGCAGGACCUGGUUGCCACUGAUGGCCCCUACAGAAUGGCAUUGGAGUAUCUGCUCCAAGAUAAGAGUUCCGACAAUUCCCAGCUGACUAGCACACGAGGGUUCUACAUGGCCGCGUGGGCAAAGGUGGUUUGCAAUCUCUAUUACAAUUCCGAGGACAAGACGGAUGUUCCAGAGGAUAGCACCACAAGCGAACUUAUUGAUCUCCUGUCACGGGCCUUUUCCGACCCGCGAUACCUGGAAACACACCGGAAGUUCAAUUCAAUCUCCAGUGCCAGCGGGAGAUUCGCAUACAUCUUGACUGUUCUGAAUUCGGGCUUUGGAAAGGCGUUCGACACGAUUCUCAAGGUCCUCCUCAAUUCCAUCGCAAGCGACCAAGCUAAGGUCCGCAGCAGGAGUCUAAAGAGUGUCAUUGAAAUGCUUGAGAAGGAUCCAAAUUUGCUUGACCGUGAUGCGUCGGUCAUGCGUCUGAUUCUUCGCUGCACCACAGACGCUUCUCCUAUGGUCCGUGAUUCUGCACUCUCCUUGAUCGCCAAAUGUAUUGGUCUUCGACCAAAACUCGAGGAGCAAGGAUGUCGGAGUAUUCUCGCUUGCGCUGGUGAUGCCACUGCCGGUGUCCGUAAGCGCUGUAUUGGCCUACUGAGGGACCUUUAUCAGAAGACAUCCCGCCAGGAGCUCAAGUUAGCUAUCCUGGAUAGUUUUCUGCAGCGGACUGGUGAUCACGAGGAAAGUGUAGCGGUUUUGGCUCGUCAAACCUUUGAAGAAAUUUGGCUUGUCCCUUUCCAUGACUCAAUCGAUUCUGUUCCCGAUGGACCGAAGCUCAAAAUGGCGCUUGGAGAGCAGGUCGCAUUGAUUAUCAGCUUGGUCGAACGCAGCGAAACCGCCCUCGAGUCUCUCGGUACCUGUGUCAGCGCCGUGCUCUCAAGCAAAUCUAAAUCAUCAAGCCUGAAUUUCAAAGUGUGUAAAUCAAUGGUUUCCACGAUGUUUCAGAGACUCGUGGAGGACGCGGAUGCAUCCCAGGCAUUCAAGCAAGCUUUGCUCCAAACUAUUACCGUCUUCGCCAAGGCCAACGCCAAGCUUUUCAGCCCUGAUCAACUGGAAGCCUUGCAUCCAUACAUUGGCAACCUAGCCAAUGCAGACGACCUUUUCCUAUUCCGCUCAGUUGUUGUGAUCUAUCGAUGCGUCCUUCCGUACCUGUCUUCCGCCCACAACAAAUUGCUCAAAGAUGUGCAAAACGAUCUUUUUAAGAGCGUGGCGAAGCUGGGACGCCCCGAGCUAAACGAGGUCAUGGCUUGCCUUUGGACAAUAAAUGGAGUCCUUCAAAAUACCGACCGACUUGUCAAACUGACUCUAUCCGUUCUAAAGCCUUUACAGCAGUACAGAACCGUUGAUAUGUCCUCUUCGGCUAAUACAAAGGUACUGGCCCGCGCGAAAAGCUACAUCAGGAUUGCAGGCUGCGUUGGGCGGCACUGUGAUCUUGAGAAGUAUAUCGCACAUUUCAGGAAUGCUUUUCCAACGUGGAGCAGUGGCCCCGGUGGGUCUGUGGCAUCACUGAUGGUCGACUGCAUUCUUCCAUUCACUGAUUCCACCCAACCUACCGAACUUCGUGUGACAGCUCUCGAAAGCGUUGGUGCCAUCUGUCAAUCAUGGCCCGCUCAGUUCGGUCGUGAGCCUACCAGGAGAACUUUUUCCCAGGUCUUCAGCGAAGGUGCUCCGGGGUUGCAACACAUUGUGCUUCGAUCAUUCGCAGACUUCUUCUUCAUUCACGAGGGUAGAUCUGAAAAGGGAGUGGUACCCACUGCGGAAGCCGUUGCUCAGGAAGAGUCCACUCGACUUGGGGGCUCGCUGAAAGCAAGCGACAAUGACGGUGCUGCUGCGUUGAUUGCACAGCACUUCUUGAAAAAUAUGCUCCAGGUCGCACAGUCACGACAGGAUACCUACGCCUUGACUGCGAUCGAACUAAUCGCCAGUAUCAAUCGCCAGGGGCUGGUGCAUCCGAAGGAGUGCGCGGGUGUUUUGGUGUCCCUUGAGACAUCAACAGACUCUAAAAUAGCCAAAGUGGCUUUCGAUACGCACAAGAUGAUCCACCAGCAGUUCGAGUCCAUGUUUGAAAGAGAGUAUAUGCGAGCUGUCCAAGAAGCGUUCUACUACCAGCGCGAUGUGGUAGGCGAUUCCAACGGCGCAACUACCCGGCCUUAUCUCGCGAAGCUCGCCCCUCUUUUUGAAAUUGUCAAGAUCAGCAACAGUCGGUACCAGAAGAAGUUUCUCGCGAACCUCUGCUCCAAGGCUGACUUUGAGUUGAAAAAGCUCGAUGCGUCUGGCGAUCCACCAGAGCAUCUCCUGAUGGCUCGUUUUAUUGCCCAAAAUCUCGCUUUUUUCGACUACGCUCAGCUGGCGGAGCUCCUCCCAACUAUUGGCUGUCUUGAGCAAAUUGUGUCAUCUACCGGCACUGUCGUUGCACAUGCGAUCGAGACUGACCUGUUCCCUACUCCAGUUGGCCCGCCAGUCCUCAACCCUUCCACGGAGACUGCUGGCAUUAGCCGCGACGUGACGAUGUCAAUCCCUGCCAACGCUCAGAAUCCUGUUGAUCCGCAUACUCUCCGAUUGUUGGCGACUGCGGCCGCCUCGCUUUCAAUGCUUUGGGAAGCACGGACUCACCUGCGUCGGUUGUAUGGACUGAAUUCUCACCAGAAAGACAAGGAUGGGAAGUCGAAGCAAAGUGCGAAGGAAUUGAACAAAACAGCCACAAGGAUCAAUGGCGUGACUGGCGAAAAAUUUUGGGAGGCUAUUGUGAGGAACAUGGCCUCCCUUAAUAACACUGAAGCCAUGCUCAACAAAUGCCGCGAAUUCUCGACUCUUCUUGCCAUCGACGAAGAAUUCAAAGUUGACCGGGAGAAUGGUGGAGAGAGCGACACCUAUGACGGCCUGGGGGACGUUGACGACGCACCUGGAGUGCUCGGCUCUCGGCCUAUGAAGCGUAAAAGUUCCAUGUCGAGCAAUGGGCUCAACAAACGACCCAAGGCUCGCAACAGUUCUGUUGGCAGGAGACCUUCAACUUUCGAAUCUGAGGACGAGCUUGAUUGA